GUUUUCUGGUCUUUGUUGUUGUAGAAUGUUUAAAUUGCUGAGAGGAAAUUACGUUUGGCUUAUUGUUCUUGCGCGCUCAAUGUCCUUGCUGAGGAAAGCAAUGACUGCGAAAAGCCCACUCCCUAACCAAAUGUCUUAUGAUAAGUUUAAUUCUUCUUGGUAGUUCCGUAUGAUGCAGAAAUAAAUAUUAAUUAUCUGGAACAUGCACAUAAGAGAGGACAGUUGCUCACCCUUAUUAAUAUUAUUGCUCUACUUGAGAUUUAAACUGUUCUUGGUCAGCUUAUUUAUGCAUCCUUUGGACAUUUAGGAGAAUUGCUGAGGUUCGUGAAAAUGAAAGGCGGAAGGCACUAGAAGAGAUCAUUUACUCUCUGAUUGUUCAAAAGUUUCUCGACAACGGCAUCACGAUGAUACCGAAAAUAACAUCCACCUCCGAUCCCGCCGGACGGGUGGACUUCUGGCCUAACCAAGAGCAGAAACUGGAGUCUGUUCACUCUGCUGAAGCCUUCGAGAUGAUACUAAGCCACCUGUCUCUCGUAUUAGGAGAUCGAUCAGUGGGACCCCUUGAUACCAUCAUCCAGAUCAGCAAAAUCAAACUAGGAAAGCUCUAUGCAGCUUCAAUAAUGUACGGAUACUUCCUGAGACGAGUUGACCAGAGGUUCCAGCUUGAGAGAACCAUGAACACCCUUCCCAAAGGCUACGACGAGAAUCGAGCUAGAUACGAGGAACUCAAAUCCUCGACAAAGGGGCUGUGGGACCCAGAUUCCCUAAUAACUAUGAUGCCAGAUGGUGGUGAUAAUGAUGAUGAUGAUGAUGAUGAUGGAAGGUCGUACAGACUGAGGUCAUAUGUGAUGUACUUGGAUGCAGAGACCCUCCAGAGAUACGCGACCAUGAGGUCUAAAGAGGCGGUUUCGUUGAUCGAGAAGCAGACUCAAGCGCUGUUUGGUAGGCCGGACAUAAGGAUCUCGGAGGAUGGUUCACUAGACGCGAGCAAUGAUGAAGUGGUCUCGGUGACCUUCUCCGGGUUGACAAUGCUGGUCUUGGAAGCAGUAGCAUUCGGGUCUUUCUUAUGGGAUGCUGAGAGCUAUGUCGAGUCCAAGUACCAGUUCCUGAAUGGCUGAAAGUUCCAUUCUUUUUCUUCAUAUCUGGACUUGUUAUGGUAGCUGUGUUGUAGGCUGUAUAAAUCAGGAAUUUUGUUUCACAUUGUAAACUGAGAGAUGUUGUAUUCUUGUUUGGGGAUGAAAGAACUGAUAACAGCUCUGUAGGUUGUACAAGCAGGGUCAAAGAAAAAAGGACAAGAUAUCAUUGCUUCCAGUUGUUUGCAUUAUUAAUUCAUCUACAUUUCAAUGUAGCCAGUGACUUGUGUUACUUAUCUAUCAUUCUAUCUAAGCUCCAUUGUAGUUCUGAUGUGGCAAUUACGUCAUGACUCAUGAUCGACAAUUUCAUUUACCAUAGGACAAUGGCCGCUAGCUUCCAUUCCAUGGCCUAUGAAAUUGUAUCGUACCGGCGGUUCUACCGGCUAAAACGGUAGGCGGUAUUUAACGGUAUUUAACGGUUGAACUACGAUUAAAUCACGGUUUUGUCA